CUCUCUUUCAAUUGCUUCGAAGCAAGAUCAAUCGGUUCAUUGAUACAGUAUUGGUCAAUUGUCAAGUCAAUUGAACCAAUUCCUUCCCCCCCCUUAUCUCAAUCAUGGACACCUUCCCCCUUUUCAAUUCCUUCCCUCCCGAAAUCCACUCUCUAAUCCUCGCCUCCUGUUCGGAAAACGAUCGCAUAUGUCUGCGACUCACCUGCAAAUAUCUCUACACCCUCAGCCCAACCACGCGUCUCAUCUCCCUGACCAACACCGACGAUCCAGAGCCUCUCUGCUUCAAGUCCCGCCCCAAGGAUCAACACUACGAGCCUAGCGCCCAGCACAUGAGUUUCGCGCGCCUGGGCCACCGCGCAGAAUGCCACCGGCUCUGCUACGAGGAGAUGGUCAAGCGGCGACGGGCGCGCGGCUGGUCGGCGCCUCCGCUCCGAGGUUGCAGGACGUCCCGGUGGACGGCGCAUUGCGAGUGUUUCUCGCGCAGCGCGGUGCUGCAUCGGAGACUUAGGACGUGGGUUCCCAAGGGGUUGAGAUAUUGCUCGACGUGUGAGACUUUUACUGAGAGGAAGGCUUGGCGGAAGGGAAGAUGUAAUCACGGUCUCCCAAGAUGGUCCAUAAAUAACUACAACUGCCGUCGCAAAGGCAAUUUCUGGACCCAUCGCCCCAGAAAAGGCGCGUUUGGCCAAAAGCUCUGGAAGAAAUGGUUCAACAACAACGCCAUGAAUAGCUUGGAACAACGCUUGAGCCAGCCUCCUACAGAGCGUAAUGGGAAUAAGAGAUAUGCGUUGAGGACACUGCAGCCAAAGGAUAUUGAUACGAGAAGGGAGAGAAAGAGCCAUUGGUGAAAGAAGAAAAAGACUUGAAUGAUGAGGGAUGGAUGGAUGGUGGGUGGGGGGUUUGCAGGGGGAGGGAAGGGAGUGGGAAUGGAGAUUUGGAGAUGUCUCUUGAUUUAUGGAUGAUAUUAUGACGAUAUGACUGUAAUUAUGUAUGUUUAUUUUCGUAUCUACAUACCUAGCUUUGUUAGGAUAUCUAGUAAGGCCUCGAGCCUUGCAAUGCAUGGCAAUCAAACUGAACAAUUGCAAAUCACAUCCCCAAUGUACAUUCAAUUCAAUUCAAUUCAUUCUAUACGCACGUCCAACCGUUUUUUAAAAAGGGACAACAAAACAAAAUAAAGAGAAGAGGAUAUCCAUCUACCUUACAUUAAUAAGAACCCCAAUCCUUUAGUUUCUCCUCUCCACUCAAACCCGACUUUUUCGAAUCCGACGAGCCCUUCCAAUUCUGC